AUAUGCAUAUCUAAGAUGGAAACAUCCACCUCAAGCGCUGCUGGGAAAAAAGAAGGGAAAAGCACUCUUCUGGAGGGCAAUGGGUUUACAGACACAGGGAAGAAAACGGCUCCUUUAGCAGCAGCAGUGGCCCAAGGAGUUCCACAGCAUAUUUUUCCAGCCUUCCAUGCUCCUUUGCCAAUUGACAUGCGUCACCAGGAAGGAAGAUACCAUUAUGAACCUCACUCCAUCCAUGCUAUCCAUGGACCUCCUGCUCUGAGUGGUAGCCCUGUUAUCUCUGACCUCUCUCUCAUCCGUCUUUCUCCACAUCCUGCGGGACCUGCGGAAUCACCUUUCAACCCUCACCCGUACAUGAACCCCCACAUGGAACACUACCUCCGAUCCAUGCACAGCAGCCCUACCCUGUCCAUGAUCUCAGCCGCUAGAGGCCUCAGCCCAGCUGACAUAGCACAUGAGCAUCUGAAAGAAAGAGGUCUUUUUGGCCUCCCCCCUCCUCCACCAGGAGCCAACCCUGCGGAUUACUAUCACCAGAUGACACUCAUGGCCAGCCAUCCAAAUCCUUACGGGGACCUCUUCAUGCAGAGUGGGGGAGCAGCCAGUGCAACGCACCUUCAUGAUUACCUCAGCCCUGUAGACGUGUCAAGAUUCUCCAGUCCAAGAGUGACGCCAAGAUUAAGUCGAAAGCGAGCAUUUUCCAUAUCCCCACUGUCUGAUGCCAGCAUAGAUCUUCAGACAAUGAUUCGGACUUCCCCAAAUUCCUUGGUAGCUUAUAUAAAUAACUCCAGAAGUAGUUCUGCGGCAAGUGGAUCUUAUGGGCAUUUAUCGGCAGGGGCAAUAAGUCCAGCAUUCACCUUCCCCCAUCCUAUCAAUCCAGUGACAUAUCAACAGAUUCUGAAUCAGCAAAGAGGCCUGAGUUCAGCAUUUGGACAUACACCCCCCUUCAUCCAGCCGUCCCCAACAUUCCCUGCACGGCAACAUGUGGCGGUCAUCUCUGUCAAUUCUACGCCUGCUCAGAUCAGCAACAGCAGCAAUUGCAUAGCUGAUUCCAACCAGAGCAAGCAGAGCAGCGAGUCAGCUGUUAGCAGCACAGUCAAUCCAGUAAUUAACAAACGCAGCAAAGUCAAGACCGAAAUGGAAACCCUGCCACCAGUUUCCCCGCCUACUCAGGAGCAUCUGACAGACUUGAAAGAAGAACUUGAUAAGGACGAAUGCAAACAGGAGCCUGAAGUUAUUUAUGAAACCAACUGUCAUUGGGAAGGGUGUGCAAAGGAGUAUGACACUCAGGAGCAGCUGGUCCAUCACAUCAAUAAUGAUCACAUUCAUGGGGAGAAGAAAGAGUUUGUCUGUCGCUGGCAAGACUGUACACGGGAGCAGAAGCCAUUCAAAGCUCAGUACAUGCUGGUCGUGCAUAUGCGAAGGCACACUGGAGAAAAGCCACACAAGUGCACGUUUGAGGGUUGCUCCAAAGCUUAUUCCCGGCUAGAGAACUUAAAGACACACCUGAGAUCUCACACUGGAGAAAAACCGUACGUCUGUGAACAUGAAGGCUGCAAUAAAGCUUUUUCGAAUGCUUCUGACCGAGCAAAACACCAGAACAGGACGCAUUCCAAUGAGAAACCCUAUGUCUGCAAAAUUCCGGGCUGCACAAAGAGGUACACAGACCCCAGUUCUCUCAGAAAACAUGUGAAGACUGUGCAUGGGCCAGAGGCACACGUCACCAAGAAACAGCGUAAUGAUGUUCACCUGAGACCUUCAGUUAAAGAAAAUAGUGACAAUGAAGCAAGUGCCAAGCAGAGUGGCAAAGCUGCAGAGGAGAGUGCUGAGGCAAACAGCACCACCAGAGGGACAGAGGACUAUUUACAAGUCAAAACAAUAAAAACAGAGAAUUCUGUGAUGUAUCAGUCCAGUCCUGGUGGCCAGUCAUCAUGCAGUAGUGAACCAUCACCACUUGGGAGCACCAACAACAAUGACAGUGGAGUAGAAAUGAACAUGCACAGUGGAGGCAGUCUGGGAGACCUGACCGCAUUGGAAGAUGGCACUCCUGUUGUGGACUCAACGGUUUCAUCUGGAAAUGCAACAGUCAGCCUUCAGCUAAGGAAACACAUGACAACCAUGCAACGCCUUGAGCAGCUCAAGAAAGAGAAACUCAGGACAGUAAAGGAUUCUUGCUCAUGGGCAACUCCAGCACCUCAAGUUAGAAACACCAAGCUGCCUCCCAUCCUAGGCAAUGGCUAUCCACUGGACAACAUGGGUGGUUCUUCUGCAACACUGCCUAACCCAAGGAUAUCAGAGUUGUCCAUCAAUGAGGUUACAAUGUUGAAUCAACUAAAUGAACGUCGUGAUAGCUCAACCAGUACUGUCAGCUCUGCCUACACAGUCAGUCGCAGGUCAUCUGGGAUAUCCCCUUAUUUCUCCAGCCGCCGUUCCAGUGAAGCAUCACAAUUUGGAAACCGUCUGAACAACACAAGUUCUGCUGACUCAUAUGACCCCAUUUCCACAGAUGCUUCACGCCGAUCAAGUGAUGCCAGCCAAUGUAGUGAGAUCCAAGGUCUUCUGCACCUUACACCAGCUCAGCAGUACAGGCUGAAAGCAAAGUAUGCAGCAGCCACUGGUGGCCCUCCACCCACACCGUUGCCUAAUAUGGAAAGAAUGAGUCUAAAGAACAAAAUCUCCCUUCUUGAUGGGUCAGAGCCUACUUUGCCUUCAUUUUGCCACCAUCCUGGGCCAAGGCGCUGUAGUGACAGUAAUGCUUAUGGGUAUGGAGCACCACUUGCAUUCCCUCAUGAAGCAAUAGGCAAUAAUGCAAGGCGUGCAAGUGAUCCGGUGAGGAGACCGGCUGAAGACCCUUCUUCCCUUCCUAGAGUCCAUCGUUUCAAUAGCACCAACAACAUGAAUCCUCUUCACUCUCCUUUGGACAGAAGGAACUUCAACCUUUCCAGCUAUACGCGUUCAGACGGAAGCCUCACCAGGCACAUGUAUUCCCCAAGGCCACCAAGUAUUAGUGAGAAUAUCGCCAUGGAAGCAAUGACUAGUGAGACUGAUGGUUCUGUUGGAGAUGAUGAUAUAGUACUACCUGAUGACGUAGUACAGUAUAUCAAAUCACAAAACAACAGGAUGGCUGCAGACAACUCUUCUAUAGGGUACGGUAAUGAGAUGCAGAGUUUCCAAGUGAAUGCAAAAGUACAACAGAACAGCAUGCUAAACCAACGCAGAAUGGCUGUCUCAGAUGUGAAUAUGAAUCCUUCCACUCCAGUGAUGGGUGGGUGUCAAAUAAACUUUGGUACGUCCUCCAAUAUGUAUAAAAACAUGCCUGUCCAAUGGAAUGAGGUUAGCUCAGGUACUGUUGAUGCAACCUCUGCUCAAGCAAAGCAACAGUUUUCACCACGGAACUUAGCUGUAGUCCAUCAGAAGCACAACUUCAGCCAAUAUCAGAACUUCAGCCAUCAGCAGACGCAGAUGGGUCAAAACAUGGAUGCAAACCUGCAGCAGUUUAUGCACAAGAAUGCACACAUGGAUGGACAAAAGUUAAACUGCAUGCACUUAAGGCAGCAACAAGCAAAUCUAAAUCCUAAUAACAAUCCAGAUAUGAACUCACAUGGAGGGUAUAGCCAGGCUCAUCAAAUGCUGAGCUCAAACACAAUGAGUAGUGAUCUCAGUCAUCUUUCCCCUUCUUGUAACAACAUAAUAAUGAAGCCUGCAUCCCAUAUUCAUCCUCAGCCAAUGGAUGCUAUGGCUGAUCCAAAUUUGGUAGUCAGUGGCAGCAGAGAAUGCACAAUGCAAAAUCAGGUGAUUCAGGAAUCAGGGCAUCAGCAGAGCUUUUCAUCUCAGCCAACCCACAUGAAUUUUUCAGUGGCACAGGAAGUGUUCCAUCAGCCUUCUGCCAUGAUGACCUCAAAUCAGACAAAUUUUGAGCCACAAAAGGAUAUGAUAAGUACAUUUGAACAGAGCUUCAUUUCUGGUGUAGUACAACCUCACCCUCCACCUAAUCCCAGUCCAGCAAACAGAUACCGAGGGAUAUGUGCUAUGCAACAGUUGGGUUACAUAAGAACACCUCACCCAUCUACUGAUGUGAGCCCAGGGCAGAAUAGGGCAGAGGCCACCCCUAAGAGAAUAAAUGGUAUGACAUCAUCUCAGCCUCAGCCUUGCAACAGUAGUAUGAAGGAAAGCCAUUUGAUGCACUAUUAUGGUCAAAUACACAUGUAUGAACAAAAUGGAAAUGUUAGUAACCAUACAGACUGUAGUGUAAGACAGCAGCAGUGUGCAUUAAAUGUCAAGCCAGCCACCAUGCCCUCUCCUGGAGCUAAUCAGGUUUCAAGCACUGUUGACUCACAGGUUCUGGAGCCUCCUCAGAUAGACUUUGAUGCCAUCAUGGAUGAUGGUGACCAUUCAAGCCUGAUGUCAGGGACCCUGAGUCCUAGCAUUCUGCAGAACCUGUCCCAGAACUCUUCUCGCCUUACGACUCCCCGAAACUCUCUGACACUGCCAUCUAUCCCGGCUGGAAUUAGCAAUAUGGCAAUAGGGGACAUGAGCUCUAUGUUGACCACCUUGGCAGAAGAGAGUAAAUUUCUUAACAUGAUGUCUUAAUGCUUAAAGCACAACCAUCAAGAAGCACCCCAGAGAUUACAUGCUAAGCAAUUUUAUGAAUGUGCUUUUAAAAAAAAAAAAAAUCCAUAGAGUAGAUUUUUUACAAGUAUUAAAUACAUUA